AUGAACCCCUCGACGAAACAGCCGUCGAACCAGACGUCAUUAUUCCAGGUCUUCCUCAGACUGCGACCCCCCAUCACAAAAGAAGAAGCAGCUAAUGCACACCGUGGCGAACGAUAUCUGAACGUUGAACCAGUUGAAACCACAAAGGUCAACGACGUCUCCGAGCCACAGAACCGUCACCCCACGCAUAUCACAUUACAGCCGCCAAAUGAUUCACGAAAACGUGCAGUCGAAAAGUUCGCUUUUACUAGGGUGUUUGAAGAGAGUUCCAAGCAGUUGGAGGUAUUUGAGAAUACUGGCAUGCCCAAUUUAGUCAAAGGUGUUUUGAAAGAAGGUCGGGAUGGGCUGGUUGCCACGCUCGGUGUGACGGGCAGUGGAAAGAGUCACACCAUACUGGGCACAAAAACUCAGCGCGGUAUAACACAGAUGUCUCUUGACAUUCUCUUUCGAUCUCUUGCCAAUACCAUACGUUCCGCGGACAACUUUGAAGAUCCAACACUUCUCGCAUCUCUAAGUGCGGCAGAUGCAUCUGAAGCCCAGUUGUUUUCUGCUCGUAACUUUAUUGACAGCAUUUAUGGAGACCCAACUGAACGAGGUCGAGCUUCCAGAGCUCACACUCCAAUGUCCAGAGGCCAAACUCCAUUGAUGGAUUCGACUCACACACCCAUGAUACCCCGACGCCAAUUGAACCAGCGUCUCAAUGCUCUACCAUCACUGCCCAAUACCAACCAUCUAGUUACAGAGAUUGAUUCACAAGCAGAGCACGUGGUUGUUGUCUCUAUGUAUGAAGUCUACAACGACCGCAUCUUUGAUCUACUCUCUCCAUCACAGGUCUCCGGGACUGCAAGCCGAGGAGCGAACAGCCAGAAAGAGAAACGAAGAGCUCUGCUUUUCAAAUCUACAGAAGGCUCACCAGACCGCAAAAUCGUUGCGGGUUUACGCAAAGUCGUGUGUAGCACCUACGAAGAAGCUAUGAUGGUUUUGGAGACUGGCCUCACUGAGCGACGCAUUGCUGGAACCGGAAGCAAUAACGUCAGCUCUCGAAGCCAUGGUUUCUUCUGCCUUGAAGUGAAGAAGAAAAUUCGUGGGCGUCGAUUUGGAGAGAUUUCAUGGACCGGGAAUUCUCUGACUGUUGUAGACUUAGCUGGAUCUGAACGUGCUCGAAAUGCUAGGACAGCUGGUGCCACAUUGGCUGAGGCUGGGAAGAUUAACGAGAGUUUGAUGUAUCUCGGCCAAUGUUUGCAGAUGCAGAGUGAGAUAUCCGAGGGAAAUAAGACCGUGGUGCCAUACAGACAAUGCAAGCUUACCGAGCUACUGUUUUCCAACUCAUUCCCUUCUUCUCACUCGGCAUCACAUAGCCGUUAUCCGCAAAAGGCAAUCAUGAUUGUUACCGCUGACCCAUUGGGUGACUUCAACGCUACCUCACAGAUUCUUCGCUAUUCUGCCUUGGCUCGUGAGAUCACUGUUCCUCGCAUCCCAUCCGUCUCAAGUACAAUUCUAUCAAGCUCAACAUCAACAACCCAAAGCCGUCCACCAACAUCGACCGGCCGAAUCACACCCUAUACAGCGUCUACUGAAGACCUCCAAGAGGCUGCUCGGGAAAUUGUUAGAAUCACAGAUGACUACGAGGCCUUGAUUGUGAGGCUCGCAGAGGAGGAGAUUGCUCGUCAAGUGGCGGAGUUCAAACUCAAAGCUGCCGAGGAAAAGUGUCUCAUGAUUGAGCAAGAAGUUCGAGAGGAGUGCUGGGCCGAGAUGGAUGACAAAAUGGAAGAGGAACGCAAACGUUGGCAGGAAGCCAUGGAUCGACAGGCUGGCCACCAUGAAGAGCACCUCGAUAAUAAACUAGAACUUGCCUCUCGUGGCAUCAAGAUCUACGAAGACCCAGAACCAACGGCUGAUGAACGAGUCGACGAGCUUGAACGCGAGAACGAAUUCCUGAGAAGCAGAUUAGCCGCUCUAGAGCGUCAACUCAACGCUCGAUCGUCUCCAACUCGCAAACCCAAGCCUCGCCGUACUACCGUACGCAACAGUGAAGCAGAAAAUCACCAUAACCUCCUCCUAAGCAGCGACAGCAGUGACUUCGAAAACAUGUUUCAGCGUGUCACUGCCUUCAAAGUUGCUGAAACGUAUAAGUCACCGAUUAAGCCCAAGGCUGUUUUAGUGCAUGGUGCUCGAAACCCGAGAAGAAUGGCGUCGCGGAAGAAGGAUCUGGGCCCAGAGGACGAUCUAUAA